AUGUUGAUGACGUCACCAAUAUUAACAACAUACCUUUCAAGUUUAUCGUCUUGCCCAGUUGUUCUAAUCAGUGGAAAUGGUUCUUGUGGAUGAAUAUAUACCAGGACUUGCGACUCAAACAUCAGAGAACAGCUUCCAACAAUAUGCUCCAUCGCAAAAAGAUUUUCAAAAUAAAACUGAAUUACCAAAUCGUCAAACCAAUCCGAUCAACAGUUUAGCUACCGUAGACAUUGACUACACUAACCUAGAAGUCCCACCACAACCUGUUCUUCAAGCUCAUUAUGUGGAUGGAAUGUGUGGUAUCCAUGUUUUCCUGUACAUCCCAAGCGGUUACGUGUUCCUACAGUAUUUUCUCAACAAAUCUCCAUUACAAGUUGAUUGUGAAUGGCAGGACCAAAAGAUUAAAUCUUCGCUUCCUGAGUUUACUUUGACGUCACUUGGUCACAGUGAAUUCAUCGAUGAGCCUUUUCGUGAGGAGGUACCCUUUGACUUGCCAUGGGAUAACGGCAUGAUUGUGCACACAUUCUUCCCCCAUCUUGUCGUUGAGGGCAGCAUUACAGGAAUAUGCACUGCUGCUCUUUUUUCAAUACUUGGCGGAUACAAUGCAACACCGAAAGUGUCUUAUACCAUAGAAAUUAAUGGAUGUCCACUAGGUAGGUAUGGAGCGAGAUGUAGUAACCAAUGCAACUGCACACAAAACAUUCAAUGUCACAGUUUCAACGGGGCAUGCAUAUGCCCAAAGGGAUUCGCUGGAGACUACUGUGAGAAACUCGAUCCAUAUCUGGAAAUUGGUGUUGAGAGUUUGUACAUUAAAUGGGGAACACCUCUAACAGUGAACUGCACAGCAUAUGGAUUCACACAAACAAACUUACCAAUUAUAUGGAAGCGAAAUAAUACAGUUUUAAAAAAUACUACAAGACGAUAUCUCUCUGUAGCUUAUGCCCCAAGACCGGUUCAAUUGGUUUAUCAUAUAAACAAAGUGACAGAAUACGACAAUGACGUUUACCAGUGCGUUGCUAAUCAGACGAUAAUUCGAGAAGUCAAUAUUAUAGUUUAUGAUCUUCCGAAUCCAUUUACAAAAUUCCCUACGAAUCAAACGGUAUUUUACGGAUCAAAUAUUACACUAACAUGUCAAGUUCGUGCACGCGCAGGAACAGUUAAGUGGACGCGAAAUACUACUUCCGUUAUUGAUGGCACUGUCAUUCGAAACAACACUGGAAACUUCACAAUUUACUUAAACCCCAUAACUGGUGAAUCAACACUGACUAAAAUUCAUGCUAAUAUUGAUGACGAGGCUGUUUAUAGGUGUUUUGUUGGUCAUACGUUCGAAGAAGACGACAUUACAUUUGCUGAAUCAUAUGUAACAAUUGUUGUACCGCCUUCUGAGGAAUAUCCCAUGAUAGAGUUAGAUGGCAGUACAUUAGUUGUGAAAGAAGAUGCCUUGGUCAGUGUGACUUGUGUGGUAUAUAAGGUCAGACCUAUUCCUGAACUGAAGUGGAAAUUAGGAGGCGAGGAAUUAAAUAAUUCUCGACAAAAUUUACAGUUAAUAGAAACAGAUUCACUGUUCGAAAUAAGAAACACCAUCACGUUUCCUGUAAACCGAGAAGAUAAUUUGAAAUACCUGACAUGUAGAGCAAAAAGCAAUGAAUUUGGUGACGCAGAGAAAUCGAUGCGGUUGAAUGUGACAUAUAAACCUGUAGUAAAAUUUCAGCCGAAUUAUGUCGAUAUACUAGAAGGGAAUAGAAUGCAAGUCCAGUGUAUUGGUUCAAGUAAUCCCACUCCCAUCACAUACCGUUGGGAGUGUUCAAAACCUAACGGUGACGUCAUAGUAACAGAUGAGCAGACACUCAGUAUCCCAGAUGUUUCGACUGAUUUUGACCAGUCCAAUCUUCGUUGCUUUGCAAGCAAUAAUAUCGGUACAGGAUCUGCAAUAUUAAAGGCGAACGUGCGUAAAAGGGGUGUUUCGCUGUAUACGUUUCCACCAGCAUUGGCUGUGAUUUCACUUUUGCUGUUGAUAUCUGUCCCAUUUAUGGUGUAUCGGCAUCGCCGCAGAAUCCAACGUAUUGGGCAUCAAUUCACGUUACCUGAAGAUUUAAAAGAUGAUAAAGAAUUUGACGUGUUCAUCUCGUACAAGGGCAACACUGAUGACGAAUUAUUUGUCAUUAAGAAACUCGUUCCAAAACUAGAAGAAAUGGGAUUUGCCGUGUGCGUUCAUUACAAACAUUUCGUUGUCGGUCAAAGUAAGUGAUACAAGUUAGGCAUAUAUAGAGUAACAUCAACAUCCUUGCAAAGUCAGUUUCAGUUACUUGCUCUCAAUUUUUCAACAGUGGCACGCACUAUACAGUGGUGCGUCCAAACUUACUUAAAUAAAUAACAAUAAAAAGUGAACAAAAAGUCAAAAAGAUAACGAA